AUGGCACGACUGACCGUUCGAGCCCGCAAGACCAGAGCUACAACCCUGUUGCUUCUGGUAGCUUGCAUUGUGAUUCUGCUAAUCGCCACUCACUCAAAGCAUACCAGCGACGGUGAUCUGGACCGACAACCAUCACCAUUUGACGCAACAAAGCAGCUCUCUAGCCGGCUCCUCCCUCGGGUUGACGACGAAGACGAAAAGUGGCUCGGGUUCCCGAAGGAUGAACUGGCAACUCGGACAAGCUCUAGCCUCGGCGCAAAAGGCAAGCUCGCCAAAGAGGGCUGGGCCAUGCUCUGUAGAAUGAGGGAUCCGCCUGGCUCUACAACGAUACCAGCAACUCCAUAUACGGAGUACUCGGACUUGGAGAAGUAUGGCUACGUCGACGAAAUCACCCGUGAUUCCUACUAUCCAGCAGAAGAGGUCGAGGAAGAGCAACUCGCGGCACUUGGCCUCAGCGAAGGACCCAAAAAUUGGAAAGAGUCUCAUGUGAGGCAGAUUGAUUCUACACCUCAGUAUCCUGCAACGGGCGCGACGUAUCAGAAUGUGCUGAAUGUGAAAGAGGGCGCGAUCGUUGCCGUCGACAAUGACGGCCCAGAUUGGUUCAACAAAGAGCACGGCUUGGGCUUGAAACCAGAACAGAUCGUACCUCUCAAGCACUGGAGUGAUAUAAUAUGGUUGGCAUAUGAUCAUCAAGCCAAGAGGGCUCGGAACGCGAACGCCGCGCCACUAGAGCAUGUGAUCAGACACCAGGUCGAGACGCCCGAGGUCCAACGCCAGUUGCAAUUAAUUACGGGAAAGGCCCAUCCUGACGAGCUCGGUGCAUUUCCUGGAGUGUCGUAUGCCGUCGAUUCCGCUCAAGGUAUGGCAGUGUUGGGGACGAUCCAUGGCAAAGGCGUGGCAUGGCUUCUCGCCCAGCAUAAGGACAGCCUAGGAUGGAGAGCGAUUGAUCGUGUCCAUGUCUAUAAUUGCCAUCCACAUCAGCUUCCUUUGUGGUGUGUCUAUCUUCACAUCAGCGAGGUCAGGAGGUAG